AUGCAUAACCCUCACGAUAGAGAGGAAAAUAAUAACAGCUUUUCUCAAGGGGAAAGUCUUGAUACUAUAAGGGCCAAAAUAGACCAGGAUCCUUGGAAUCAGGAUCUGUACACCCAGGCUAUAAAAUUUUCCUUUACACAAAACGAUUUUGACUCAGUUGACUAUUUCAGAAGACAGUUUACGAAGUAUUGUAUAGCAGAUGACACCUUUUGGCUCUCGUAUCUCGAGGAAAAGAAGGUCUCUACCCCUAAAUCUGAGAUUAUUAAGUUGUAUGAAUAUGCUGUAAAAAAUGAACCAUCAGUUUACAUUUGGCUCUCAUAUUUAAGGUUCAUCUCGGAAAAUAGUAACACAUUGUCUGAUUUCAACCAUUUGCGUGCUCUUUUUGAGUCAAGCUUGGAGGUUUUGGGCCUUCACGCCCUUGACGGUCCUCAGCUGUGGUCCGAGUACCGCCAUUUCGAGCAGAAAUUAAUGUCAAAAUUGCCUAGAGAUGAGCAUGGAAGUCAGAUUGAGAGGAUAAGAACCCUUUUUUACAGGCAAUUGGAGCUCCCUUUGGCCGGUUUACCAGACUUGCUUGAUGAGUAUUUGGUAUGGGAGAAUGAGUUGCCCUCUGAGUAUAUAAAGCCAACUACAGAGGGCGAGGCUGCUCACAAAAGGGGCUUUGAUGCCUGGGAGCAACGCAAGUGCUUUGAGCUGAAGAUCCAGUCAGACUUUCACGAGAUGAUGAGUCGAGAUAAUAUGAACUCUUUAUGGAACGAGUACAUUGAUUUCGAGCUUAAAUGUGGUGACAUGCCUAGGAUUAUGAUAACUUAUCACCGCGCCUUGGACGAUUUGGGGUUCGAGCGUGACGAUUUAUGGAUAAACUACGCAAAUUAUGCCCUUCAAACCAGUUACCAAAAGUCGCUGUACAUCAGCGAGCGUGCCUGCAGACACAUGCCUAGAUCCCUUAACAUUUGGAUUAACUAUUUUCUUUUAGUUUCGUCUAAGUCUGAGAAUGUGCAAGACAUCCUUGAACUUUUGGAUAAGUCAAAGACUGCAGUUCAAGACGUGAACCACAGGAUAAGUCUUCACAUUACCGCCGCAGACUGUGUGAGGAGAAUUGACCUAAAAGAUGUUAAGAACUGUAGGUACAUUCUAUACAAGUGCUGGUCCGACCUUGAUCCUGCGUUCAGAUCACGGGCUGUUUAUAGGCUUUUAAGUUAUUGGAGCAAGUAUGAACUUAAACUUUUGUCCUUUAACGUACCUUCUGAGUAUGAGCAAGCGGUUGGAAAACUGCUUGAAAGGUUUAAAAAUGAUUCAUUUUGCUGGCUAUAUUUGAUUGACACUGUUAAGGGCUUGAAGCCUGAGAACCCGAACAUGCCUAACAUUGUUGCCACAAUUUAUAAGAGUUUCUGCUCACUUGUGAACUUCAGGUCAGACUUUGAACCGAAUUCACUUCACACCCUUGUGAUUUGGCUUUACGAGCUUGCAGUCUCAGUGGUAAAUGUGGGUGACGUUGCUGAGGAGUAUAUUGACUACGUCCAGACCUCAGGAGUUGUAGAGGACAUUAAACGCGCGCACAAGGUUGUUGCCAUUCAGAGCACUCCAAACUUGAGGCCAGAAUCCUUGAGUCUCAGUCACAUUUUGAAGCGGGACAGACGCAGACGUAAGGUUGAGACGUUUUCAGAAACUUCAUCCGACAGUGGAAGCUUUUCAAGCAUUAUUAGAAGACAAUAUAGUUUCCCGCCUGGAAUAAGGUCACCAACAAUAUCCAUGAAGGAUGCCGAAUAUCUUCCGAAAUCCCCUAAAUUAGGCUUCAGAGAGUUUGAGCUAAAGUCGCCCAAACUAUAUGCUAAAGACUUUGAGCACAGGUCUAAUAACCUCACCUUAAAGGACGUUGAGAUUUUAACUAGGGCUACUUGGUACGGUUCUGAAAGUGCAGACCCUUCAAUCGCGCCUGCAGUUCCACCUACGGCUCCAAUGCCCCCACCGUCCUCACCAGUACUAUCCAGGAUCACUUCCAGACUUUCAAAUUCUGGUUCCUGUAGUCCUGAACUCACUCCAGAACUUCGCUCCUCAAAGGAACCAAUUCAUCCUCCACCCCUAUUCUUAACCUCCGAAUCCACCUUUAACAAGCCUGAUUCCGGACCCACCCAUCCAGGGGUUGAUGUACCUUCUAAAUUUCCUGAUCCAAUUUCAAACUUAGAAUAUAAGGUUAAUUUCUCAACCGCAGACUCCGAGUCACUAGGAGAUCGUGUCAGCAGUGAUGCUGACAGUCAAACUGACAGACAAAACUCGCCUAUUACAACCUAUUCAAAGGACCCUCCUUCAAUUCAAACUUCAAAUACCAUGUUCUGUUCUACAAGUGAUUUACCACCGCCUUCAGAUUUUAAUUUAUCGGGUGGACAUUAUCUUUUGAGUAAGAAAAAUUGUAUUAUAAACUGGUUAAAGGGGGAUUCUGAGAAUUCAACAGCUUUUAUUUCUGGCUUUUCCCCAGAUCAACUCCCCCAACUCACUAAGUUCUUCUCCAGUCAACCUGGAUUUGUGGAACUUAGGCCCACAAAGAAUAACCGCACUUGUUACGUGGAGUUUUCAACAAACUCUGAAGCUUUAUCUGCUAUCGAUUCCUGUAAAAAUAAGUUCACAAGUCUCUCAGCUCAACUCUCAAAACCCACAAAACCUCUUUUCGAGGACAAGGUCGUCUUUGUAAGGAUGCUUAAUACCAAGUAUAAUUUAACCAAGCUGAAGCUUGUUUUGACUGAUUUCUUCAACAUCAACGGCUUCAAGGUCAAAGAAGUCCGGACCUCUCAUCCCACCCAUGGUGAGAACGUUGAUGACUUGGAUAAGUUGGGAUUUUAUGUCGAGUUUGGGUUUGAGAAUGCUUCUAAGCGUGUGAUUUACAAGUUUAUAAACGAAUACGGUUGGCCCAUUAACGUCAACCACGACCAGCUGGAGUUUCUAAUUUUACCUUCAACUCCUAUGAUUAAUAAGUCCGGUUCCAAUUUUCCAGAACCUAGGGAUGAUUCUGCUAACUCAACUAACACUGAGGGUUCUGAGUCUGGAUGCGAACGCGAGUUUUAUUUGUGCAAUCUGAACUACACCACCGAUGAAACGAGGUUGAAGGAGUACUUGGAGGAGAAGUUUGGUCCUAUUAAAAGCCUAAAAAUUUGCAGGGACUCUUCUGGUAAAUCAAAAGGGUAUGCUUUUAUUGAAUUUGUUAACGACUAUGCUCUUUCUGAGCUCCUUAAAUCCUCUUUAAUUCUUGAUGAUCGUAAACUAUUCCUUUCUAAAACCAAAUCUAGUCAACAUUCUGUCCUUUCAGACAAUUUCAAACAACCAAAGGACAAAUUCUGUAAAAACAAGUACAAGAAGCGCUACAAGGAAUACAAGCACAAGCUAUUUGAAACAUACUCAAAGUUAAAAAAGAAAAUUAAGCUCAACUAA